UGGAAGAGGAGUUUCAACAACGGACGGAGACCGCUCGGACUGGUCUGGAUUGGUCGAGCUCGUGACUCGAGACUGGUUUCUGUAGCGGCUGCAUCUUGGGUCUUGGUCGAGUUGUUUCCGACUUUCUCGUGAGAUGAGACACGUAUCGUGAGAUAUAUCAUGAAUUUAGCACGCACAAAUCUGUGAUCGAAAUUCAAGAUUAAACCAUGUGCCUGCAUUGAUGUGCGUAUAAAUAAACAUAUAAAAAUGGAAAUAACGAUCCAGAAUUUCCGGGAUGUGUUGUCGGAAUUGGACAAUCACUUACAGCACGCUACCUUUAUUUGUAUCGAUGCAGAAUUUACAGGACUUAAUUCAGCUCCAGAUACUGGUCCCUUUGAUACACUAGCUCAGUAUUACACCAAGCUCAGAACAGGAUCUAUGAGUUUCCUUCUUGUACAGUUUGGCCUAUCUUUAUUUACAUACAACUCAGAUACAAAGAAAUAUUCUCAGCGUUCUUACACCUUUUAUGUGUUCCCUAAGCAACUGAAUUAUCGUGCACCAGAUUGCAGAUUUAUGUGCCAAGCAUCCUCAAUAGCCUUUCUGGCGAGUCAAAAUUUUGAUUUUAACAAACUCUUUAAGCAUGGUAUACCAUAUCUUAAUAUAAAUGAAGAAGAGAAACUUAUCAAGCGUAUGGAAGAGAGACAAAGACAAAAAGAAGAAUACAAUGAUGCAGUAAUUCCAAUAUCAGACACUGACAAACCUCAAAUCGAGGAAAUAUGUUCUAAGAUAGAGGAUUUCCUUGCUUCGGAUAAAGAGGAGCUCACGAUAGAGAGAUGUAAUAAAUUUAUGAGAAGGCUUAUAUACCAAGAGGCAAAGAACAGAUGGCCUGACAAAGUAAGAAUAGAAAGUAAGAUUGAGAACACUUGGCAGUGUCUUUCGGUACAAAAGGUAGGCACCAAGGAACAGGAAGAAGCAAAAGAAAAUCAAAGACGCGAAAAAGAAAAAUUAGAAUUUGACCAGGCUGUGGGAGUCAGCAAUCUUCUGAAGAAAGUUCUGAAUUCUGGAAAGACAAUAGUUGGACAUAACAUGUUGCUUGAUUUGUGUCAUAUCAUACGUCAGUUUGUGACACCUUUGCCAGCGGAUUAUUCAGAAUUUAAGAAUCUGGUUCAUGACUUAUUUCCUAGUUUAUUGGAUACAAAAGUCAUCUGUCAAUCACAGCCAUUUAAAGAGCAUAUAUCACCGUCAAGUACAAAUCUGAACACGCUGUUAAAGAUUAUGAGCAAACCACCUUUCUCUAUUCCCGAUGUGGAACCCAUAGAAGGAUGCAGUUAUUCAAUUUCGACAGAGAAGCUGCACGAAGCAGGCUACGACGCAUACAUUACCGGAUUGUGCUUCAUUGCUUUGUCUAAUUAUCUUGGAACGAUAAAACAAUCUGAGGAUGCAGCGGAUGAGGUGUUAGCUGACUCUUCUUUGCUAAAACCCUUUCUAAACAAGCUUCCUGUAUCUAGACUGAGAGAUGUUCCGUAUAUGAAUCUAGUAGGAAAAGAUCCAAAACCCAGUAGAGACCACGUAUUUCAUAUAACAUUCCCCAAAGAAUGGAAGCAUACGGAUAUAAAUCAACUUUUUAGCCCAUACGGAGGUGUACAAAUUUCAUGGUUAACAAAUACAACAGCGUAUGUCGCUUUGUUUCGACGAGAAAACACCCGUGAAGUAAUGAACGCUUUGUCUAAAGAGACUGUUUGUACGAUACAAACGUAUUUGGAUUACCAAGCUAGUUUAAGUGCCAGUGGUGUUUGUUGCGAGGACCGUAAACGAAAGUUACCAGUUGGGAACGCAUUGGAUGACGCAAUCGCCGGCAAGUCCGGCAAUGGUGCAACACCAACUUCGUCAACGAUAUCAUUACCAAGCUUAUCGUCAAAUUUAUCAAAACGCUCCUCCCUUUCGAUAUCCACAGAAGUUUCCAAUGACGGGUGGGAGAUCGCCACAGGAAAGCGACGUAAAAAACGCAGAGAACAGAACGUCGAAGUGGCUAGUAGCAGAGCUUUCGCAGAAAAUGACGCUUGGAAAUAGAAAAUAUGUUUGGAAGAAAAGCUCGCCUCUUGCGUGAAUGCAGCGCGACUCUGACUACAUGUAUAGAAAUAGAAAUAGAAAUACGCAAAUGUGUAUAGAGAAGCUCGCCGCGCGAGUAGGAAGAUACGAGUGCGUAUCAGUAAGAAGCAAAAAGGAAAUAUACAUACAUAUGUAUCUCAAUUACACAUUUCGCGUGAGCGUCCCUAACGUUCUUUUGAUGUGUAUAAAAAUAAAUUGUUUCUGAUAAAACCGA